UCCCUCCGUGCUCAGAGCUGCGGCUGAAGCCAAGCGCACCGCGUCGCCGCCGCUGCCGCUGCUGCCGGUGCGGAGCGUGGGGAGCAUUCGCCGCAGCCCUCGCUCCCGAAGAGGGUCCUACUCCGCGCUGCUGGCCAGGCCGCCCCGUGCCUGGGCCGUUCUGUCUUUAACACGGAUCGUUAUCGUUGCCCCCGGGCGCCCUCCGCAGCGACAGCGUCCGCCAGAGCCGAGGCCGCGGUGGUGGCUGUGCCCAUGCCUGGGUGCGCAGGGUGUUUCUGAGACCUGACCCGGAGCCCUGUCCAUGGCUCGAGCUGCUACCCGAAGUCUGCCGCAGCCCUAGGCCUAAAGCUGUGUGGCACCAAGGUGGUGCCAGCAGAACACCGCGGAUUGGGAGCAUGCCAGCAGCACAGGGCACGCUUUAAUCUGGUGUCCACACUUAGCCACCGUGCUCCACCCCUGCGCCUCACGGGGCACCAGGACUGCAGGUGGCCGGCCACCUGUCCCUCGCUGCAACAGAGGCGAGACUGCACCUGCUCCAAGGACUGACAGGCAGGAUGGGAGACAUGGCCAAUAGCUCCAUCGAGUUCCACCCGAAACCGCAGCAGCAGCAGCAGCAGCAGCAGCAGCGGGAGGCCCCCCAGGCGGGUGGCUUUGGGUGCACGCUGGCAGAGCUGCGCGCCCUCAUGGAGCUCCGUGGGGCUGAGGCACUACAGAAGAUCCAGGAGGCCUACGGGGACGUCAGCGGGCUCUGCCGGAGGCUGAAGACUUCACCCACCGAGGGCCUGGCGGACAACACCAAUGACUUGGAGAAGCGCAGGCAGAUCUACGGGCAGAACUUCAUCCCCCCCAAGCAACCCAAGACCUUCCUGCAGCUGGUGUGGGAGGCCCUGCAGGACGUGACCCUCAUCAUCCUGGAGGUGGCUGCCAUCGUGUCCCUGGGCCUCUCUUUCUAUGCACCGCCUGGAGAGGAGAGUGAAGCCUGUGGGAAUGUGUCCGGUGGGGCAGAAGACGAGGGUGAAGCGGAGGCCGGCUGGAUCGAGGGGGCUGCCAUCUUGCUGUCCGUCAUCUGUGUGGUGCUGGUUACAGCCUUCAACGACUGGAGCAAGGAGAAGCAGUUUCGAGGUUUGCAGAGCCGCAUUGAGCAGGAGCAGAAGUUCACAGUCAUCCGGAAUGGGCAGCUCCUCCAGGUUCCCGUAGCCGCACUGGUGGUAGGGGAUAUCGCCCAGGUCAAGUAUGGAGACUUGCUGCCUGCUGAUGGUGUGCUCAUCCAGGGUAAUGACCUCAAGAUCGACGAGAGUUCCCUGACAGGCGAGUCAGACCACGUGCGCAAGUCAGCUGACAAAGACCCCAUGCUGCUGUCAGGCACUCAUGUCAUGGAAGGUUCAGGAAGAAUGGUGGUGACGGCUGUUGGUGUGAACUCCCAGACAGGCAUCAUCUUCACCUUGCUGGGAGCUGGCGGAGAGGAGGAGGAAAAAAAGGAUAAGAAAGGCAAGCAGCAGGAUGGGGCGAUGGACAGUAGCCAGACCAGAGCCAAGAAGCAGGAUGGGGCAGUUGCCAUGGAAAUGCAGCCCCUGAAGAGUGCGGAGGGCGGGGAGAUGGAGGAGCGGGAGAAGAAGAAAGCCAGCGUGCCCAAGAAAGAGAAGUCGGUCCUGCAGGGCAAGCUCACGAAACUGGCUGUGCAGAUUGGGAAAGCAGGACUGGUGAUGUCGGCCAUCACUGUCAUCAUCCUGGUCCUCUACUUUGUCAUCGAGACCUUUGUUGUGGAUGGCCGGGUGUGGCUGGCAGAGUGUACGCCAGUCUACGUGCAGUACUUUGUGAAGUUCUUCAUCAUCGGCGUCACUGUGCUGGUUGUGGCUGUCCCAGAAGGCCUGCCUCUUGCUGUCACCAUCUCCUUGGCUUACUCUGUCAAGAAAAUGAUGAAGGACAACAACCUGGUCCGCCACCUGGAUGCCUGUGAGACCAUGGGCAAUGCCACAGCCAUCUGCUCGGACAAGACGGGCACACUCACCACCAACCGCAUGACUGUUGUCCAGUCCUACCUAGGAGACACCCACUACAAGGAGAUUCCAGCCCCCAGCGCCCUGACUCCCAAGAUUCUUGACCUCCUGGUCCAUGCCAUCUCCAUCAACAGUGCCUACACCACCAAAAUACUACCUCCAGAGAAGGAAGGCGCCCUCCCACGUCAAGUGGGGAAUAAGACUGAGUGCGCUCUACUGGGCUUUGUGCUGGACCUGAAGCGGGACUUCCAGCCCGUGCGGGAGCAGAUCCCAGAAGAUAAGCUUUACAAAGUGUACACCUUCAACUCGGUCCGCAAGUCCAUGAGCACAGUCAUCCACCUGCCCGACGGCAGCUUCCGCCUCUUCAGCAAGGGGGCCUCGGAGAUCCUGCUCAAAAAGUGCACCAACAUCUUAAACAGCAGUGGGGAACUCCGGAGCUUCCGCCCUCGGGACCGGGAUGACAUGGUGAAGAAGGUUAUAGAGCCGAUGGCCUGUGACGGCCUGCGCACCAUCUGCGUCGCCUACCGAGACUUCUCUGCAGGCCAGGAGCCUGACUGGGACAACGAGAAUGAAGUGGUGGGAGACCUCACCUGCAUCGCCGUCGUGGGCAUCGAAGACCCCGUGCGGCCCGAGGUCCCUGAAGCUAUCCGCAAAUGCCAGCGUGCUGGCAUCACAGUCCGAAUGGUGACUGGAGACAAUAUCAACACGGCCCGGGCUAUCGCAGCCAAGUGUGGCAUCAUCCAGCCCGGGGAAGAUUUCCUGUGCUUGGAGGGGAAGGAGUUCAAUCGGAGGAUCCGCAAUGAGAAAGGAGAGAUAGAACAGGAGCGGCUGGACAAGGUGUGGCCAAAGCUGCGGGUGCUGGCCCGGUCAUCUCCCACUGACAAACACACUCUGGUCAAAGGGAUUAUUGACAGCACCACAGGUGAACAGCGGCAGGUGGUGGCAGUGACCGGGGAUGGCACCAAUGAUGGGCCAGCCCUCAAGAAGGCGGACGUGGGCUUUGCCAUGGGCAUCGCAGGCACUGAUGUGGCCAAGGAGGCCUCUGACAUCAUCUUGACCGAUGACAACUUCACCAGCAUUGUCAAGGCAGUCAUGUGGGGCCGCAACGUCUACGACAGCAUCUCCAAGUUCCUGCAGUUCCAGCUGACAGUCAACGUGGUGGCUGUGAUUGUGGCCUUCACAGGCGCCUGCAUUACUCAGGACUCCCCACUCAAAGCCGUGCAGAUGUUGUGGGUGAACCUGAUCAUGGACACCUUUGCCUCUCUGGCCCUGGCGACAGAGCCUCCCACAGAGUCGCUGCUGCUGCGGAAGCCAUACGGCCGCGACAAGCCCCUCAUCUCACGCACGAUGAUGAAGAACAUCCUGGGCCACGCCGUCUACCAGCUCACCAUCAUCUUCACACUGCUCUUUGUCGGGGAGCUCUUCUUCGACAUUGACAGCGGGAGGAACGCGCCGCUGCACUCACCGCCCUCCGAGCACUACACCAUCAUUUUCAACACCUUCGUCCUGAUGCAGCUCUUCAACGAGAUCAACGCCCGCAAGAUCCACGGCGAGCGCAACGUCUUCGACGGCAUCUUCAGCAACCCCAUCUUCUGCACCAUCGUGCUGGGCACCUUCGGGAUCCAGAUUGUCAUCGUCCAGUUUGGUGGAAAGCCCUUCAGCUGCUCCCCACUGUCCACAGAACAGUGGCUCUGGUGCCUGUUCGUCGGUGUUGGGGAGCUGGUCUGGGGACAGGUCAUUGCCACCAUCCCCACCAGCCAGCUCAAGUGCCUGAAGGAGGCGGGCCACGGGCCAGGCAAGGAUGAGAUGACCGAUGAGGAGCUGGCCGAGGGGGAAGAGGAGAUCGACCACGCCGAGCGCGAGCUGCGCAGGGGCCAGAUCCUCUGGUUCCGAGGCCUCAACCGGAUCCAGACACAGAUGGAGGUAGUGAGUACCUUCAAGAGAAGCGGGUCAUUUCAGGGUGCUGUGCGCCGGCGGUCUUCGGUCCUCAGCCAGCUCCAUGACGUAACCAAUCUUUCUACCCCUACUCACCUAACUCUCUCUAUCCGGGUGGUGAAAGCAUUCCGUAGCUCGCUCUAUGAAGGCCUGGAGAAACCGGAAUCCAAGAGCUCCAUCCAUAACUUCAUGGUAACGCCCGAGUUCCUGAUCAACGACUACACACACAACAUCCCGCUCAUCGAUGACACGGACGUGGAUGAGAACGAGGAGCGCCUGCGGGCCGCCCUGCCCCCGUCCCCCAACCAGAACAACAACGCCAUAGACAGCGGCAUCUACCUGACCACGCAUGCCACCAAGUCAGCUACCUCUUCAGCCUUCUCUUCCAGGCCCGGGAGCCCGCUCCACAGCGUGGAGACGUCGCUCUAACCAGGACUCCUCUCGGUAUUACGCACAUUUGGACUCACACACAGUUGCACACGCACGCGCGCGCGCACACACACACACAGAAGGCAGCCUGCACACUUGCAAAAGAGGGAGACCACUACAGCGGCUGAAGACUUUUCUCGGCAUGGCAUUUGCAAGAAGCCAAAUCCAUUCGAUAAGGGUACAAUCCGUCAGCCUUCUCAGCCCAGACCGGGGCGCAGGGCUGGGGGAUGAGGGAGAAGAUGAGGCAGAGAAGCUUCUUCCACAAAUGGGAGGAAGAAAGGUAUGAACACACCUACGCUCACCUUCUAUCUACAGAUGCGUCUCUCUUACCGGCAGUUACGUCAAGUGGGCACCGCUUGGGCUAUGCCACGGGCAGGGCAGCUCUGGGCUAGUUGAGCGCUGUGACACCCUCAGAGGAGCCAUCCACCUCACCCAAGGCACGGCAACCACGCCUGUGGGCGGCAGCGGGGGCACUGCCUAUACAGGCCACCAGAGGGAGCUGCCUGCAAACAUACCCACAACCACAACUGACCACCGCAGUGCACAGGGCCUGCCGCAGUCUGCAGUGUGUGCGUGUGCGUAUAUAUAUGUGUGUGCGUGCGUGCGUCUAUAUGCAUAUACAUAUAUAUACACGAUGAGAUGCAUAGUUCAAGAAUAAGGAGCUAUUUAUUGGCAUGAUAUUUCCAUUCCUCUUAUCAGGUGUUUUCCUUUUGAGAUUCCAUUGUUGAAUGUAGCAAGGUUUUUUUCAGGGACGCAGGCUGCAAGAACAUUUUCCUCCCUAGCCCCAUGUCCCUCAAGAUCCGCUGCGCCACUGCUGCCACAGCCUGGCUCUGACAAAACACCCAAGGAGGAGGUAUGGGGAGGGGUGCCCCAGGCCAGGAGGCCUUACCAGGGGAACAUUUGCACUUCGAGAUCCUGCAUAGAGAGGAGAAAAACCUUGCCAUGGAAUUAUCACUGCAAAGGAAAAUACUAAAGUCUUGAUGAGCAUGGUCCCCUCCCAUAGACAUGUCUAGUGCAAGCCCUGUGUUGUGGCCCACAGCCUGGAGAACACAAAGCACCCUGUGCAGGGGGCACCCUACCCCGCCCGCCCCACCUGAGCAGAGCAUGGACUCCAAACCCUGGUGCCCACGGUCAGUCAAGCAGAGCUGGCCCACCUGGUGCCAGGAGCCUGUUGAGGAAGAGCCCGGAGGUUGCCUGGGGCACAGUCUGGACUCCAGACCCCUGGCAGCCUUGGCAGCCUGGCUGGACUUUCGUGUUUAGCAAUGCCAGGAAGUGCUGAUGGGACCACCCCAGUGUCUGCUGCACAUGGGCAGUGCCACCUGUCGGGAGCUUGCUUCCAAGCCCAGUCAUCUCAUCCAGAGGACAAACUCGAGCCACAAAGACACAGUCUUGAGUUCAAUGCCAUUUCUGGCAAAGCCGUGUGGAACAAUGCCAUUCGGUUGCUGUCAUAAUCACUCACAUCACACCAGUGGCUCUUCUAGGCCCACUGUGGCUGGGUAUGGGGCAGCAGGGCUCAGGUUUGCCCAGGUUGGAGAGGCUCUCAGCAGGCACCUCUCCUGGCUGUGUGGGCACCCAGCAUGACAAACCUCAGUUUCUCCAGGUUGAGUGAUAACUUAAGAGGAAAAUGCAAAGAAGGCAGAGGUAGAGGGUCCCAAUAGCCACUGUCCUCCUGGCCUCCAGGCGACAGGCCUCUUCUCCAUGGAUUGCCAAGCCUCUAGGUCUGUUGCAGUAAUGCCAGUGACAUGGGCAGCACUUUGCCCAUGAGGGCCCUUGACCUUCUGAGCUCAUGGCCUUCAUACUUCAUAAAGAGAGGGGCUGGGGCUCAGCUGCAGACUGGUGCCCUCAGGAGCCAGGCCUGUCACCUGCACCCCGCACUGCCUCCCCAGCAUCUGCCCAAAGCCAAACAGAAACACGCUUGGUGGCCACCAUUCCCACGAAAGCUGCGUCACCCUUGAGCAGCAGUAGUCAAAUCUUGGGCAAAAGAAUUUCAGUUUGAAAGCAAAUCCCACUUUAAAAUGCCAGCUACAGAUAACUUAAGCCAUCCCUUUUUUCUAAAGGGCACAUUGAGAAUGUCACCCAUUUGUAAAUUGUUCCCUGAUGUCUUUGUUUAAACCGCCACGACCUGAAGGGCACCUCCGUCUCCAGAGGGUCUUCAUGUUCCAAAUCGUGUGUCAGUCAGAGGGGGUCACCUGCGGACAGCCAUGCUCCUGGGCUUCUUCCCAUCCUCUGUUGUAGAUAGAGCAAACCCUCACUGCCGCCGUGUCCUGUUGCUUGGUGCCAAUGUCGCCUGUGUGGUCCCUAGGGUGCCUUUGAGCUGGGCCAUGGGGUGCGCAGAGGGGCGCGGUGGACUUGGGAUCUUUCGCUCUGGUUCUUGUACAGUCUUCAGGCCGAGGGACUCUCUCACUGGGAGGCCCUCUUUCUAAGCAUUAUAUUAUCCGGAAUGGCUUGGUCAACUGUGUUCAGUUAAUAAAUAUGUUUUACAUUUUUAUCUGCCUGUUACAAAGAUGAACAAAAAAUAUCUCAAUGAGGAAGACCACAGAUGCAUACUAAUUUAAAGUCUGUAGUUGAAUUUCCUAACGUAAAGAAUAGACCAAAAUUUCUGUGUAUAAAAAAAAAAUGAAAGGCUCUUACAACCGUG